UGUCCACACGGAGCUUUGUAGGCUGGAGACUGUAGUCCAGUGCAGUCAGGAGGCACAGGCUGCUGUGAUUACACAAAGGUGGGCCAGAACCACAUCGCCCAGCAUGUCUCCCCACACCUGCAGGUUUACCCAGUGGUUACCAGGAGAUUUAAAACCGAUAUUCUAGAACACACAAAUGCAGUCUUGCAAUCUUUUGAUUUCUAGUUUUGCUGUGAGGAACUGCUGUGGAUUUACCGAGUUGCAUCAGCUGAUUUUGAAAUCAAAAGUCACCUGUCGGGGAUUUCUGAGUUUGUCUGCAUAAAGGACUGCUGCUGGAUAUGCAGCCUGGUCGUCAGGUGUGUAUGCUGGGCCUGCUGUGCCGAGGCUGCCUCAGCAGCGCACAGAAUCGACCCAGUCGCAGCUUCAGCUCUUGGCCUAGAAAGAUGACUAGAUGGAACAGUCAGGAGUCCUGCAAUGCUGAUACACCUCAGGAAAACCCGCGUGUGCUCAUCACAGGUGGUUUGGGGCAAUUGGGAGUGGGGCUUGCUCAAAUGCUUAGGAACCAGUAUGGGCCGGAGAGUGUGAUCUUGUCUGACAUCAAGAAGCCCCCUUCUCAUGUUUACACCAGUGGGCCGUUUGUGUAUGCCGAUGUGCUGGACUACAAGCACCUCAGAGAACUGAUCAUAAAUAACCGCAUUACUUGGCUGGUUCACUACAGCGCUUUGCUUAGCGUUGUGGGUGAGGCUAACGUAGCGUUAGCACGAAAAAUUAACAUCACAGGUCUACACAACGUUCUGGAUCUGGCCCUGGAGAACUGCCUUCGCCUCUUCGUCCCCAGUACCAUUGGGGCAUUUGGUCCUUCUUCUCCCCGUGACCCCGCCCCUGACCUCUGUGUACAGCGUCCUAGAACCAUCUAUGGUGUCUCUAAAGUGCAUGGCGAACUGAUGGGGGAGUAUCUCCAUCAUAAAUAUGGCUUGGACUUUCGCUGCCUGCGUUACCCUGGAGUAAUAUCAGUCAACACUCCUCCUGGUGGAGGAACAACAGACUACGCAGUUCAGAUCUUCCACGACGCUCUCAGCACAGGUCACCAUGAGUGCUACUUGCGAGCUGACACCCGUCUUCCCAUGAUGCACAUCUCUGACUGCCACCGUGCCACGGUAGAGUUUAUGCAAACUCCAGAGUGCCAGCUGUCUCUGCGCACUUACAACAUAGCUGCCAUGAGCUUCACGCCAGAGGAGGUGGCCCAAGAAAUCCGCAAGCAUCUCCCACACCUUAAGGUCACCUACAAUCCAGACUCAGUGCGCCAAACAAUUGCUGACAGCUGGCCUGUGAGAUUUGACGACUCCAACGCCAGGAGGGAUUGGGGCUGGGCACCAGCCUUCGGGCUCGAGGAGCUGGUGAAAGACAUGCUGCGCUGUGUCAGAGACAAGAGGACCAGAGAGGGACUUCCUGUCAGCUAGCAGAUACUUUUUGGCAGCUGAGAGACAAAUACUUCACCACUGGCUUUUUCAACCUGCACAUUUAUCAACAACUUUCUGUUACUUCACUGCGACAAAGCAUCAGUGAACUCUUCUAGUCAGAACCUUUUAGUUUAUAAUGAAACUUGCUCAGUCUACUUCAGGGAAUCAUACACUGUUGAAGCUUUUUCACAUUUGUUUUGUUGUCUUGUCAUAUGCAUCACUUUACUCAUGAGAAAGUUGCAUAAAUAACGGGAAAAAAAUCCACACAUUGCUAUUUUUACGGUACAGAGAUCUCUAAAUGUUACGUUUCCUGCAUGCAACAACACAAUAUUCUAUUACAGUAUAUUUUUUUACAAUAGACCAGAGGCAACCUUUAGAGUUACAAAACAGGUUGUUUGCCAGAAUAUUCUGGCAUGGCCGCUCACCGAACUCUGGACUGCUUACCUCAUUGUUCAUUCUGGCUGCCUUUAAAACACUCGAUUAUGAUAUUGAAAAUAAAGCUACUUGAUGUAGAAUCUGA